AAAACACGGAGCUAUGGCGGACCAGCUGACAGACGAGCAGAUAUCCGAAUUCAAGGAAGCCUUUAGCCUCUUCGACAAAGAUGGCGAUGGUUUUAUUAAUCUCUUCUCCCACAUUUCUUCAGUUUCUCGGAUCCGUUGCAUCACUACCAAAGAGCUGGGAACAGUGAUGCGUUCUCUGGGACAAAACCCAACAGAGGCUGAGCUUCAGGACAUGAUUAACGAGGUUGAUGCAGAUGGAAACGGAACCAUCGACUUUCCCGAGUUCUUAAAUCUUAUGGCUAAGAAGAUGAAGGACACUGAUUCAGACGAAGAGCUAAAAGAAGCAUUCAGGGUGUUCGACAAAGACCAGAACGGUUUCAUCUCCGCUGCUGAGCUACGCCAUGUGAUGACCAAUCUCGGUGAGAAGCUAACGGAUGAGGAAGUUGAAGAGAUGGUCCGUGAGGCUGAUGUUGAUGGAGAUGGUCAGAUUAACUACGAAGAGUUUGUCAAGGUUAUGAUGGCUAAGUGAUGGAAGAAAGUUGGUGGGUAUUGGGUAUAAUAAAUAGACAGUAUUUUCUCUUUGGUUUAUGCUUUUCUUGUUGUGCGACUUUUAUGGUAUGGAAAGCAAUUAAAUUGGACUGAGAAGCUAACUUGCAUGUUCAGUAAAAGACUAAAAGGAUGGUAGCGUACGCAAAUGUUUU